AUGACGACGAUCGUGACUAGCUCCGAACCGACGGAGGUGGUGUCCUCGGUGGACGUGACGACCCUGUUGAACGCCAUCUCGACCGAGGACAGCCAGUUCGCGAACAGCAGUUACAGCAACGAGCAAAAGUGGUCUGUACCUGCUACGAUCGCGAAAGGUUGCCUCCUUGGCUCCAUCAUCGUGACAGCUGUGUUCGGUAAUCUGCUGGUGAUGGUGUCUGUGAUGCGUCAUCGGAAGCUACGUAUAAUAACCAACUACUUCGUGGUCUCGUUGGCAUUGGCCGAUAUGUUGGUCGCGAUGUUCGCGAUGACGUUCAACGCGAGCGUACAGAUGACCGGUAAAUGGUUGUUCGGUUACUUCAUGUGCGACGUCUGGAACUCGUUGGACGUCUACUUCAGCACCAGCUCCAUUCUUCAUCUGAUGUGCAUCUCGGUGGAUCGUUACUGGGCGAUCGUGAAGCCGCUCAAGUAUCCUAUCAUCAUGACCAAAAGGGUGGCCGCUUACAUGUUGCUCGCCUGUUGGAUCAUGCCAGCGUUCAUCUCGUUCAUGCCGAUAUUCAUGGGCUGGUAUACCACAGUUGAGAACAGCAUGCACAGGCGUAAGCAUCCGGAGCUCUGCGAGUUCAAGGUGAACAAGGUGUACGCGAUAUUCUCGUCGAGUAUCUCGUUCUGGAUACCGUGCACCAUCAUGACGCUCACAUACUUCGCCGUGUUCAAAGAGGCGAACAGACAGGAGAAGCAGAUGCACAGCCGGAUGGGGAACGUGAUGUUGCUCAGCCACAGGCCGAGCAAGGAUCUGAAUAAUUUGAACGGGGAGCUGAACAGCGCGGGCUCCUCGAAAACGUUGACAUUGAACGAGAUCAGCACGGAUCAUCUGCACACUCCUACGAAGGAUAAGAAUAUCAUGAAGAUGAAAAGAGAGCACAAGGCUGCCAGGACGUUAGGCAUCAUCAUGGGUACCUUCAUAAUAUGCUGGUUACCGUUCUUCUUGUGGUACGUUAUCACGACACUGUGCGGCGAUACCUGCCCUUGCCCGGACAUCGUGAUCGCAAUCCUCUUCUGGAUUGGGUACACGAACUCGGCGCUGAACCCGCUGAUCUACGCGUACUUCAACCGCGACUUCCGAGAAGCGUUCAAGAAUACGCUGCAGUGCGCGUUCUGUUCGCUCUGCAGACGAGAGCCGUCCGAUCUCGAGGCGCUCGACUUCCGUCGGCCGUCCCUAAGGUACGACGACCGCACUAAGAGCAUAUACUCGGAGACGUACAUAAAGCACAUCGACCGACGAAGAUCGAGCGAGCUCGGGAGCAGCCUCUGAGAGGAGUCCAACUUUCUACCGUGAACCACAUCCGCAGAAAGAAACAAAAAUGAAAAGACACACACAUACACACACACACAAUACGUACACCCACCUAAUUAUACAUCCGUAGCGUCGCCUACA